AUGUCAACAUACCUCAUAACCGGCGCCUCCCGCGGCCUAGGCCUCGCCCUGGUGCGCCAUCUCGCCAACCUCCCCAGUACAUCCGUAGGAACCAUUUUCGCAACAUCCCGCUCAGAACAUCCAAGCCUCCAGGAACUCAGCCAACAAUCCGACCGGAUCAAGUGGGUCAAAUGCGAUGUUACCGACGCAGAAAGCGUGCAUGAUGCAGUCAGCGCAGUGCAGGGUAAACUGCAGGGAAAAGGGCUGGAUGUACUCAUUAAUAAUGCGGGCGUGAUGCCGCAUACAAAGGGUGGAAUCGCGAAUAUGGAUGAUCUGACUGAAACGUUCCAUACGAACGUCACUGGGACCCAUAAUGCCACCCGGUCAUUUCUCCCUCUUCUCCGCGAGGGUCGGAGGAAACUCGUUGUUAAUAUAUCGACAACGCUUGGCUCACUGACCCUCGCGCCAGUUUACAAAGGCUCGCCAACACCAGCGUACAAAAUCACCAAAGCAGCAUUGAAUAUGUUGACGGUGCAGUACGCGCAGGAUUACGGAAGCGAGGGAUUCACCUUUCUCGCUGUGAGUCCUGGUUGGCUCCAAACAGAAAUGGGCGGGUCGCGAGCCGAUCUUCCCCCUGCGACCGGGGCAAAGGCUGUCCUCGAUAUCGUGCAAAAGGCAACUCCGUCUCAGAAUGGAAAGGCUCUGAAUAUUCAUGUGCCGGGGUGGGAGGAGAACGAGGGAUUGAAUCAGUAUGAUGGCAAGGAGGUGCCGUGGUAA